CCCUAAAGUAUCCCCAAGGUAUUGACUUACUCCACUCGAAGUUCGGGUAUACACCUUAGUCAUACUCUCAAACGCUUCUGCGCGAGAUAGCUAAAGAUGCACACUCACUCUCUUGAUAUGGUGAGAACGAAAAGAAGGAAGGUUUUAUAUUGAGCGAGCCAAACAUACAAGGGGUUGUUCAUCGUUUGUUUUCAAUUGUAAUUGUAAUUUAAUGAACAACCUAAAUUAUGGUAAUGCUACACCGCGAACCGUCGAGAAAUAGACACUCUACCCACGACCACCCGCUUGUCAAAGCGGACUCUGUAACCUUGCGACUAUGAAGCUUCCCUCGCAAUUAUUUACUCACACAAACUUCGGCUUGCGAACCAUCACAACUUUCGAACCAUCAAUUUAAAUGUACUUUUUUUUUCAACUGGUCCAUACGAAUCGUUUGCCCAUUCAUAGGAAGAUACCAAUCAGCGAUUCUCACAGUUAUUCAUUUAUUUGAAUCUUGGUGAAUGUAAGCCGGUAACUUAAGUGACUAUGAGAAUCGCUCUGGUGAGUUUAGUAACUGUUAGAUAAAGUGACUGGAGACUGUUCCUUAUACAUUUAUAUUUUUAGCUUUCCGGAUUCAUGAGUGUGGAUUAUGCAAUCAUUGGUAACAACGCUAGUAUUUUGAUAUCCCGAUUGUCACCUUUUGGUAAUAUCUUGGAUGUUUGCAAUGUGAUUAAAAGAGUCACAAGCAAAAACGUCGAUGAAUUCAUUGCUAUAUUCAUCACCACUCAAAUUCUGACUAUUGUAGACCAUCUGCAUAGUUGUAUGAUUAUCCAUGCGGAUAUCAAGCCGGAUAAUUUUCUGCUGAUGAAACCAUUGAGCUUAGGAUGCAGCACACUUUCUGUGCAGUUAAUUGACUUCGGAGUCUCCAUUGAUUUAAAGCUUUUUCCGAAAAAAACGGCUUUCAAAAAGGUUGUUAAAACAGAAAGUUUCACUUGUAUUGAAAUGCUUGAAAACCGCUCUUGGACGUUCCAGCCAGAUCUAUAUGGUGUUGCAGGAACAACGCAUGUGAUGCUGUUUGGAAGAUAUAUGGAGGUUCAGAAAGACACGGACAACUGGUAUAUUAAAACACGAAUGCCACGAUAUUUUCGAAAAAACUUGUGGGAUAAUUAUUUUUCAACCUUAUUGAAUAUAAGUGAUUGUGAAGUAAUGCCCAACCUUCAGACCCUAAGAAAUAUGUUGCUAUCAGAAAUAAAUGACAAUAGUAAAUAUUUUCGUGAAAAGCUAAACGAGUUUAAUCAAACACUUUUAUCAUUGUAAUAACGAAUACAUCGAUAUAUUCAUAAA